AAUAUUUCUUAACUAUGUUCGAUUUCCUAACCUACAAGAAUUAAAGGUAUUGCCAAUGUUAAAAAAUAACAAAAAUUUUGAAUUUUACUUUUGAAAUAAACACCACUAUGGUGAAGGAAACGGAUAAAGAACACGUCUUGUCAAAAAGAUUUCAUAAAAUCCAAGAAUCAAGAAUAGAAAACAGUCCGGAAACAAUAGAAGCGCUCAGGGAACUUUCUACUUUUUACAAGGAAAACACCCUGCACGCUCGCAGGAUUUUACGAAGUCAAAUCGAGAAACGCAGUUUGGACAUAAACCUCGAGUUUUUAAAUUCGUUUAAGCAGGUAAAGGAAUCGUUCGACCAUGUUUACAAAGACAUAUCGGAUAUGAGUCAAUCUAUGCGAGAGAUGAAGCUGCGAUUGCAAAACACCAAAACCCAAACCAAAGAUUUGCUACAAAAGACUAGCAUUUUGCAAGAGGAAAAAGCAACAAACACACAGCAACAGGAUAUAGCGUCGGCCUUUUUAGAAACUUUCCAGCUGCGGCAGGAUGAAAUUGUGGCUUUGCACGGAGACAAAACGAAAAGAAUUAUCUCACUAACCCCUGCUACUUUCAAAGCUCUAGAUAGAGUGCAUGAAAUCCAUGAAAAUUGUAAAGUGCUAAUGCAAGCCGGCCUGCAGCCUUUGGCGCUGGAUAUUAUGGAACAGAUGACGCUUCACCAAGAAGGCGCCAUGGAAACGAUAUACAGAUGGACGCAGUCGCAGUGCCGCAACGUGACAAAUCCGGACAUGGCCGACAUUUUGGCCAGGGCCAUGUCCAAAUUACAAGAGAGGCCGGUCCUGUUCAAAUACGUAAUAGACGAGUACUGCGUCGCGCGCAGAAGCUACCUGGCCGACGAAUUCCUAAACGCGCUGACGAGGGGCGGUCCGUCCGGUAACCCCGCCCCCAUAGAGACGCGCGCCCACGAUCCUCAAAUCUACAUUACGGACAUGCUCGUGUGGAUUAACAAGUUUAUCCCGGUGGAAAGGCAAAACUUGCUGUCGCUGGUGAAGCUGUGCGAGUUCGAGGAGCUCGACGGGAUCGUGAGUUGCGCCCUGGCCGCUAUCUGCGAGGGCAUAUGCCAGCCGCUCAAGCUGCGUGUGGAAAAAAUCCUGAACACGCCCACCCAAGCGUCCGUUUUGUACGCGGUAGUUAAUCUGUUGAGGUAUUACAAAAAAUGCGUCAAUAAACUGGUGAACGAGGGUCUGCUAGAGGAGACCUUGGACGAGCUGCAGCGAAACAGCGAGAACGUGUUCCUGACGGCGCUCCAGCAGCAGGUCAACGGGGUGCUGGUGAAAGUGGAAGCCCCGCCCCGCGAUCUGUCGCCCACCUCCGCCGUCACUCACCUCUUGGCCAUUUUGAGGGAUAUGCUAUCCACGGCGAACAUGAGCGAGGGUAGAGGAGUGGACAUGGUAAAAAUCACCAACACAGUGUUGGAACCGCUUCUCAGAGCGGUGAACGAGCAGGCUUCGAGGUUACCGCCCACCGACAUGGCCGUCUACCUACUCAACUGUAUAUAUUCGAUGUACACGUGUUUGUCCUUGUACGAGUUCAUGGACGAACGUUUGGAACGUUUGCAGGCACAGUCCGACGCCCAAAUCGACACCCUGACGUCUGAACAGGCCAGUUCGCUAGUGGCCAACCUGAACCUGGGCCCCGUCUACACGAUCUUGCAGGAUCACGCGCAGGCCGCGCUGUCGGACGUACCGGGAAUGGAACCCGGGAACCUGAAGAAAUUCGUCGCGCAGCUGGAAGAGCUCUCCGACGAUCCGGAUCGCCUGCUCCUGCCGCAGAUAAGCCUGUUGCUGUCGUCGAAACACAAAAAGGCGGUACAAAAACGCGCGUUCGACGUUAUCCUCGCCAUUUACAAGCAACUGUACGAUGCCGUGCGCGAUCCGACCAACGGAUACGAGAAUCCCAACGCCAUUUUGCCCAAAGCACCGGAAGAGUUUUUCGCGUUGUUCGCUUGACGCGUAAUAUUUCAAAUUAUUUCUUAUAUACUCCUUAAACGAUGUCAUAGCCAUAGAGGAAUAGCUAUAACAAAGCUUGAAACCCGCGGCAAAAUCGUCGUAUAAGAAUAUUAAUUAGUUAAUCUUUCGAAUGAUAAACAUUCUCAGCACCUUAUGCAAACUUACUUUUAUUUUUAAUGGUAAAUAAGAUAAAAUUAUGAAAUUUGCGGGUUUCCAUUAAAAAAAAAUAUUUUUCGUAAUUUAGUAUUUAAUCAUACUUUCAGAAUACCCUGUAUUAUUAGUUAUCAAAAUAUUAUAGAAAUUGUAUUAAAGUAGGUUCUUGUCGACAAGGUAUUCAACCCAAAUUAAAAAAUAAAGAUUUCCUUUUGGGAAAAAA